AUGGCGACAUCUUACGAGGAGGUUGCGGCUAAGGUGAAGAUCGCUGUGAUUCAGAUAUGUCCAAAGCCUCUGGAUCCAGAGACUAAUUUCCAGGCUGCGGCGACCCAUAUCCGGGAAGCUGCUUCUCAGGGCGCAUCGCUGGCCGUGCUGCCAGAGUAUCAUCUAAGCGGAUGGGUCCCUCACGAUCCAGGAUUCGCUAAGCUGGCUGUUACUGCAUAUGAGUAUGUUGCCAAGUAUCAGGAACUGGCGAAAGAGCACAAGAUCAAUAUCGUGCCUGGCACAAUCGUUACGAGUGAUCAGUCUCAGCAGAACGGCGCUGCUCGGGACACAGAGGACUCUGCAGCGCCGCCAUUGCACAAUAUUUCGCCCUUCAUCUCGUACACCGGAGAGAUACUUGGUAGCUACACCAAAGCUAAUUUAUGGCAUCCUGAGCGACCACAUCUGACAUCAGGUCCACAAUCGCAAAGCAGUCUCGACGCUCCUCAUGAGCGGCCAGAGCCUCACACGGUCAUCGAGACGCCUCUGGGACCCGUCGGCAUACUCAUCUGCUGGGACCUUGGCUUCCCAGAAGCAUUUCGCUCACUGAUCCUGCAAGGCGCCAAAAUCAUCAUCAUUCCAACGUUCUGGACGGCCUUUGACAUGUCAGCCGAAGGCUUAGCAUACAACAAGGACGCAGAAACGCUCUUCCUGAAAUCAACACUUGUGGCGCGAGCCUUUGAGAACACCGCUUGUAUUGUGUUCUGCAAUGCUGGCGGUCCACGCGAAGAAGGCUAUGUUGGGCUUAGCGGUGUGACAAUGCCGAUCAUGGGUACGUUGCCGAACAGCUUCGAAGACGGUGAGCUAGGUGUGCGCGUCAUUGAGACUGACAUGAAGCUGCUGGACAUCGCGGAAGCAAAUUACAAGGUGCGGGAGGAUCUGCAACGCGAGGACUGGCAUUACGGAUACUCGCACGCGACAACCACCACUUCAUGA